GCUCUGAUUGGCCGAAGCUGGGCAGGUUCGAGUAUAUAAGAGCUGCCUGCUCCUCCGAAACAUCAUCAUCUUCAUUGACAACCAUGGCUCUCCUCUGGAUCGUGUCCUGCCUCGCCUUCGUCAGCGCCGCCUAUGGCUGCGGUGUCCCCGCCGUCCCUCCCCAGGUGACCGGCUAUGCCCGCAUCGUCAACGGUGAGGAGGCUGUGCCCCACUCCUGGCCCUGGCAGGUGUCCCUUCAGCAAUCCAGCGGCUUCCACUUCUGUGGAGGUUCCCUGAUCAACGAGAACUGGGUUGUGACCGCCGCUCACUGCAACGUCAUGACCUACCACCGUGUGGUUGCUGGAGAGCACAACAGGGGCUACGGCUCCACCGAGGAUGUCCAGGUCCUGAAGCCCGCCAGGGUGUUCACCCACCCCGCCUGGAACCCCCGCACCAUCAACAACGACAUCGCCCUGAUCAAGCUGUCCACCCCCGCCCGCCUGGGAACCAACGUGUCUCCUGUCUGCCUCGCUGAGUCCUCUGACAACUUCGCCGCCGGCAUGACCUGCGUCACCUCUGGAUGGGGUCUGAUGCGCUACAACGCUGCCAGCACUCCCAAUGACCUGCAGCAGGCCGCUCUGCCCCUGCUGUCCAACGAGCAGUGCAAGAGACACUGGGGUAGCAACAUCUCCGACGUGAUGAUCUGCGCUGGAGGCGCUGGAGCCACUUCCUGCAUGGGCGACUCUGGUGGUCCCCUGGUCUGCCAGAAGGACAACGCCUGGACUCUGGUCGGUAUCGUGUCCUGGGGAAGCAGCCGUUGCUCCACCUCCACCCCCGCGGUCUACGCUCGCGUCACCGAGCUCCGUAGCUGGGUUGACCAGACCCUCGCUGCCAACUAAAUCCUCACUGGCAACGCCGCCCUGACCCUACCCGACCGCAGGGCCCCGACUCUGCAGUCCCACUUGGAGUGUGUGGAUAAUGAAUGAUAAUAAAAACAUUUAAAGUUA